UUUAAAAUGGCGGAAUACUUUAAUAACAUGUCAAGUAGUCGGCGUUUGUGUAAAUGCUAAAAAUCUUAGCAGAAUAAACAAAUUGUGGUUACUAUUAGCCUUUUAGUGUAGUGUAGUUAAUUAUAAACAAUUUAUCAAAAUGGAGGAAAGUGAAAAAACGGAAGAACCUUGCAGAUUAUGUGACGAAAAUGCAGAGAAGAUGUUAAGCAUCUUCGAUAAAAACGAAGAAGGCAUUGAAAUCCUUCAAGUUAUCAAAGAUUGCAUCCCCAUUGUAAUUUAUAGGACUGACCCAUUAUCAAAGAAUAUUUGCGAAUCUUGUUUGGAAAGUCUGAAUUCGCUGAGUAGUUUUAAGAAAAAUUGUGAAGAGAUUGCACUGAAACAGAAGGAAAAAUUAAAGGAGACUCCAGAUAAAAAAACCCAGGCGUUUUUGGCAUGUGGUCAAGUAGUGGAUGAAGUAUCAGAGCUAAAAGAUAUUACUACAUCAACAGAUGACAUUAACAUAUUUUGCAACAAUUGCAAACAAUCUAUCCUCGAUGGGAGUCUAAUAAAUGGUGAGCUAGAAUUGGCUAUAGCUGAAUCAAUGGCAAAAAACAAGGUUCGUACUGAAUCUUCAGAAAAAUCUCUAAGAAGAAGAAAAGUAGUUCCAUUUUAUCAUGAAUUGGAUGAUUCUCUGUGUAGUAGUUUAACUGAGUACACUCAUAAUACUGAAGGGUCUCAAUUAUUUGAGGAUAAUAGUGAUAUAGAUGGGUCUGAUGAUGAUUCUGAGCUUAUAAGACCCAGAAAGAGGAGGAGAAUAAUGUCUGAAGAUGAUGAUGACGAUGAAGAAGAAAGUGAGCAAAUAAAUAAUGAGGUAAAAGAAGGUUUACUGGUGCUUAGAAAACCCGCAGAUCUGAUAGAAGAGAAUAGGCCUGAUGAAACUAAUUUAAUUGAUAGGUUUAUGGAAGAAGACGAAUAUAGGUACCAACCUCUGUCGUUGCUGAGCAUCGCCCUAAACGCAAUUAACAUGGCAAAUUGUCCAGAUUACGAGGCGGUAGAGUUCUUGCAGCAAACCAUCUGGCCCAAAUGCAAUUACUGUGACAAACAAUUUCGCAAUCUCAAAGUUUUGGCCAUCCAUGAAGCCGCCCACGUGGAUGUGGAAAUGGGAGAGAAAAUAGACAACCCCAUACCUUGGCACGAGAGCAGAGAUGAUGCUGAAGUGAGGAAUAAAUGGUUGAAUUACUUCGACGAAAAUGGAUAUGAAGACGACGAUAUCGUCAUUGAAGAUGCAGUAGAUGUAAGUAAUGACAAUUUGUUGAUACCGGUCGAGGAUAUGAAAGAAGGGGACGAGGGUUCAUCGAAUAAAUUGACAGGUGAAGAAAAGAUCGUUCUAGUCGGUACGCAACCCAUGGUCAACGAAAUAUACUUAGGAGAUUAUUCCAAAGAUGAAAGGAAGCUUUUGUAUCAGUCGAUGCGGAUACAAGGCGUCAACAAGAAGUUUUGUCCGCUUUGCAGAUAUACGUUUAAGGACAACUGGGCAAUAGAAAGUCACUACUUCUCCCUAGCCUGCUACUACACCUGUCGGUAUUGCGGCAUGCGCUUUAACAAGCAACGUCACAAAUUCAAGGAGCACUGCGACGAGCACGAAACCAAAAAAGACGAAGUAUCGGAAAAGAUAUUCGCCGCCAGCAAACUGAGCAACAUCAUUCCCAAAAUCAUCCAUCCGCCCAAACCUCGGAAGAUCGUAGUCACACAACACAACCCUCCGCCAGAAAUGAUAGCGGCUAAUAAUCAGUUCUUCAGCGGCCAGAACACCUUCCCGCAGAAUCCGUACAUGCCGUAUCCACAGCAACCGAAGAGGAGCUUCAUGGAGAGGAAAACGUUGCAACCCAAUUUGCAGAAUAUGCAGAUCAAGGAAGAACCACAAGAAUCUAGAGAAUUUCAAGCUACGCAGUCGAAGAGCGGCAACCAGGCGUAUUUCUGCAGGAAAUGUUACAAAGUGUUUUUCAAACUCGACGAAUUCAAUAUCCAUAGCAAGAACUGUGAUUUCACUCAAUUUCCUCAGAUGCGAAAUGCCAAUGCAGCAGCUGGGGGUGCUCCUCCUCCUGCUCCUCCUCCUCCAGCCAACAAGCCUUUUGUCAAAAACGGAGACGUUUCUCCGGCUGGUCGACCAAUAAGGAACUGUGCUAAAGAGAUAGGACCCUAUAAAGAUGAUGUAUACCUUCCGGAUCACAUUCUGAAAGAUACGAAGCCUUCUUCGCAGCAAACCAGCUUCGUGUGCUUCAUCUGCAACACCCCCUUCCCCACCAUUUACUCUAGAAAUAGUCACAUGCGCAUCCAUAAGGGCGAAACUCAGGGACAACCGCAGCAACCUCCCUUCAUGAGCCGACCACGCUUCCCAGGCCCGCAAAUGCAUCCCAACAAUCAACUCAACUACCGCCAACCACCGCCGAUGCCACCUCAGUAUCCCACCCAGCCCAUGAUGGAGGCUAUGAUCAAGCAGGAGCCAAUGGAUAUGGCAACGAUGGAGCCGAUGGUCGAGAUUCACGAACAGGAGCAGCAGGGCAGCUUUCCGGCGACGUUGGGCGAGGGCGCCGUUAGUAUUACGCCUAUUAGCAAGAAUCCCAAACAGAGGCCCAUGAUCAAUGCGAACGUUAUGAAGAUCGUGCAGAGUAAUCCGAAUUUGUCGAUCAAAAAGUCGCCUGAAAAACUUCAGCCAGUUACCGCUACCACUAGCCAGGGACCGAUGCCGAUGGGUGUCGCCCUACCAGAUCCUGACAGGACUUACAAAUGUUCGUCCUGUUGGGAAGCCUUCGCCAAUAAAUCUCAUCUAUAUUUCCACAAGAAGAACCAGUGCGAAGGGUCUCGAUUGCCGUGUCCGUUCUGCAAGAAACGCUUCGGCACAGAGGCUGAAUACAGUUCGCACAUCUAUUAUAGUCAUCCAGAAUAAUUUCCCGCCUCAAAUGCCGAUUACUAGCAUGUCGCGAACAACGUCUUAACAUUUAAGACACUCCGUGGGGGCACUGGUAGAUAAUUAUUUAUAUUUGUUUUACAAAGGAGCUUUUUUGGCUCGAAACUAAAAUCACCAACUUGGGCUUAAGUUAUGAUAAGGUUUAAAAAAAUAUAGAAAGAUUUACAGUAGACAAUCUCUCCGAUGAUGAAGAAGAAGGCGUCUCAGUGUGAGUGUCGGGACGCUCGGGAUUCUAUUGUGAAUUUUGUAAGUUUGUGAUAGUUUAUUUUUAUUAGAAAAUGGCGCGUCGUUGACUUUUAAUAGCAGUGCCCACAAUUAAAGCAUCUUAAAUUCAAUUGCAUUAUAGUCUGUUCUGUUAAAAUUUUACACAUUUUUUGACGUUAUUAUAAGUCAUUGAAGCAAAAAAAUGUAAAAUCUUUGUAACCCUCAAGAAUAGGAG